AUGUCCGCCAUCACCAACAUCAACGAGUUCGACCCCGAGACGGCUGGCAACAGCGAGGAGAUCGAGCAACAGUUUGCCGUCAAGACUGUCCAGCAUCUCGAGGCCUAUGAGAAGCUCAUUGGCUCGAUCCCUCCUCGCAAGAUCAAGCUCACCAACAUGGACGACGACAUCUACGAGGACCUCAUGACCCAGUUCCCCGAGUUCAAGUUUGAGGAGCCCCUCCGCCACUUGGACGAGGACGCCAUGAAGUCGGCCGAGGGCAAGCCCCGCUGGCGCAAGUUUAUCAUGGCCUACGAGAAGACUCUGACCGACUACAACUUUGGCACCCUCAUCCGCCAGGACGCCAGCAGGGGCUACGCCGAGGACAACUGCAUCCUCGUCACCCGUGUCCAGUUUGUCGCCCUCGAAGUCGCGCGUAACCGCACCGGCAUCAACGACAAGUUUUACGAGGACCAGCAGGCGCUCAAGGCUGCUGCCAAGAGUUCGUAA